CUCCGCCAGCUGCACGCUGUGGACGACCCUGCAGACGAGCGGUUUGCCUCCAUUGUGGAGCUUGUGCGCUGCACCUUCCAGGUCGACUGCGCCAUGCUGUCGCUCAUCGACUCCGACAGUCAAUGCUAUGUCGCCCAGGCAGGCUUUCAACUGACCGGCAACGACCGCCAGUCUGCCUUUAGCGCCUGGGCGCUGGCGGCGGAUCACCCGGUGGUGCUGGUGGUGGAGAAUGCGUUGGAGGAUGCCAGGUUCCGGGCCAACCCCCGGGUUGUGGGCCCGCCCCACGUGCGCUUCUACGCCUGCGUGCCGCUGGUGGGCACCGACGCGGCGAUCCACGGCGUGCUGGCCAUCGCCGACUGCAAGCCGCGCCGCUUUGCCACCGAGCAGCUCGCCAUCCUU